ACCUUCUACAAAACCGAACUAAGAAGCCCAAAAGAAGGCCCAAAACCACCAUAAAAUGCCCUUUUUCCCGCCAAGAAAAAACUAAGGGGCGCGAAAUUCCAUUUCUUUCACAACAACAACAACUACUACUACCUCACUGCGUUUAUGUUUCGCUCUGCAAAAACCUAAAAACUCAAAUUGGAUCGAAAAUCGACUCAAAUAAAAAGAAAUGAAGGGUGGAACGGUUCAGAUUAUCUGGCACGAAAGUAAACCCGUCUUAACCCUUGAUUUCCACCCUCUCUCCGCCACUCUCGCCACGGCCGGCGCUGAUUUCGACAUCAAGUUAUGGUCAGUAAAAUCAGCAGGAACACAGAAGAAGCUUCCAUCAGUUUCGUAUCUCAAUAGCCUUUCUUACCACAGUUCCGCUGUUAACGUUAUUCGGUUUUCUUCUUCUGGCGAACUUUUAGCUUCUGGUUCUGAUGGAGGUGAAAUGAUAAUAUGGAAGCUACAUUCUAUGGAUGCUGGCCAGAUUUGGAAGGUUUUCAAGACGUUAAGAUCUCACCACAAGGACAUUAUGGACCUGGAGUGGUCUACUGAUGCUGCAUAUAUCAUAUCCGGAUCAGUUGAUAAUAGUUGCAUUAUAUGGGAUGUUAACAAAGGAACCAACCUUCAGACGUUGGAUACCCAUGCACACUAUGUUCAGGGGGUAGCAUGGGACCCUGUAGGACAGUAUGUUGCUUCUCUGAGUUCUGACCGGACUUGCCGAAUUUACAUCAAUAAGCCGCAUAAAUCAAAGGGCGUUGAAAAAAUUAAUUAUGUUUGCAAGCAUGUUAUUUCCAAGGCAGAACAGCCAUUGUUAAAGAAUUCUAAGUCGGCAAAAUAUCAUCUCUUCCAUGACGAAACAUUGCCAUCUUUCUUCAGAAGAUUGACCUGGUCUCCUGAUGGUUCAUUUCUGCUUGUGCCUGCAGGUUCUUACAAAAUUAGUACUGCAUCGGAAUCUAUUAAUGCGGCUUAUAUAUUUUCUAGAAAAGAUCUUUCUCGGCCUGCUAUACAGCUUCCUUGUGCAAGCAAAGCUGUUGUAGCUGUCCGGUUCUGUCCAGUAUUUUUUAACCUUAGGGGAACAAACUCAGCAGGGUUAUUUAAGCUCCCAUAUCGCAUUGUAUUUGCUGUGGCUACAUUGAAUUCAUUGUACAUUUAUGACACUGAGAGCACUUCUCCAAUAGCUGUAUUUGCUGGUCUUCACUAUGCACCAGUAACAGAUAUUACCUGGUCACCCGAUGCCCAUUAUUUAGCAUUCUCCUCACAAGAUGGUUUCUGCUCUUUGGUGGAGUUCGAAAAUGGCGAACUUGGGUCACCUUACUGUAUAUCAAGAAAUGUCUCAGACAAGGAUAAUAAAAGCACCCUGCCGACAGAUAGCAACGAUGUUGUACCAACUGGCAGUGUCAGUGCAGUUGUAGCCGAGAGCAGGAAAACGGAAGCAGAAGAAAAGGCUGAUGACAUGGACAUUGAUGCACGUAGGGAUAUUGGUGCAGCCACAUCAGGAAGCAGAAAAACUGUCACACAAGAUAAGGCCGAUGACAUGAUCAAGUCAACUGGGAGUGUUAGUGCAGUUAUAGCAGAUAGUAGGAAAAAUGAAGCAGAAGUGAAUGCCGAUGACAUGAUCAUCGAUACAACUGGAACUGAGAAUAUUGGAGCAGCUCCAUUAGAUAAUAGGAAAACUGAAGAUACGGCAGAGAAACAACUUAGUAGUUCAGGUAGUGUUAAUUUUGGAGCUGAAGAGAAGGCAUUGAAACUACCAGUUAAUCCAGACAGUAAGCAAAGUGAAGCAGAAGAGAAGAGUGAUAAACCCCAAUCAAGUUUAGAUUGCAUAAAAUCAGGGCCAGAAGAGAAGACAGGGAAACAGUUAUCGAGUUCAAAGAGUACGCCUGUAUCAAAUAAGCCAGCCAAGAAGCGCAUUACUCCUAUCGCAAUUGAUCCAUGAUUUUUCAAUGCCUGAGAAAUUCCAUUAACGUCCGCCUGUGUACAUCUCUUUUUUGCGCGGCUAACAUUUCCAGAACAUCCCCCCUCUGGUUUUUCCUGUUUUGGUUUAUAUAUUCUGUAACAUAAAUUACAAUAUAACGAGAUAAUGAUCUUCAUUUUGGAGACCACCUAUUGAACAUGUUCUUGUCCUAGUGUCCUAUUGCAUGUAUCAUUGCCAUAUCUAGGCAAGGCAAUACAAAAUAUCAUUUAUUCAUGUAUUUAUUUAUGGAGUAUGAUUUUUGUGAGGUUAAGAUAAGACUUGCUUAAUUUAAUAA